CGGAACUGGAGGCUUUGAAGCCUCUGUUCCCAAGGAAUAAUCUCAAGAACUUCCAGAGCAAAAAACUGGGUUCAGAAGUAGAAGAACCAACCUCUAUUUGUGAUGAGCGAAAAGUCGGCGACCUCCCAUCCUGA